CCAUGUCUGAAAUGAACGCAUGAACUAAAUUUCUUCUUUUCUUCAAAAUUACUUAUCAUCGGAAUAUUUACUAAGGACAUUCGCUCAUUGCCGACUUCCGUCGAGAAUAUUUGCAUCUCGAUAGUCACACUACCCUGCUUCCAUCCAGGAUUAUCCAAACCCAUCCAGCCUUUUACCGGCGUGUUUAGCAAAGACAGCGGGACCGGCAACACUUAAAACUUUGACCAAACACUUAAGAAACGAAAACGACACACAAUAGUUGUAUUCAUGCAUGCGUCCUGUAAGUCGCAAAAAGAAGAAUUCUGUUCGGUCUCGAUUGUUAGGUUCGUUUAUAUAUUAGUUUUUUUAAUAGAGUAUUUUUAUAUUCAUGGGCGAAAUAAAUAUUGAGUGGCCAUGGCAGUACAACUUCCCACCAUUUUUCACACUUCAGCCGCAUCCAGAGACAAGAGCUAAGCAGGUUGCCACUUGGAAACACCUAAUCCUAGAAUAUUGCCAGAAGUACAGACUUUAUAUUAUAGAUAUCCGAGAGGCAAGUCAUAUACAAUUAUUUAACAAUACGAACAUAAACAGAAAGCUUGAAACAAGUGUUAUUGCUUCUAUACUGUUGGAACUUCAAAAAUCGGGAAAUGCCAUUCCAAUUGACAAGGCCAAAAAUAGAUGGGAAAUUUACUGGCAUACUGCUGAGGAGUGGGCAACAAUGAUAUAUGAAUAUGUAGUUAAUCAAGGAAUGCAAAAUACAGUCUUAACUUUAUAUGAAAUUUCAAAUGGAGAGGAUAUCCAAAACGAAGAAUUUUGUGGAAUGCCAACUGAAGUUUUGAUUAAAGUAUUGCAAUUUUUGGAACAAAAUCGAAAGUCGGCUAGCUGAUGAACUGUUGCCCUC